AUCGAGAGCGGGCGUAAUUUGGGAUCUAACCCACGAGGCGGAACCACCAGGGUAUUUCGCAAACGGAGAACCGGAAGUGCGUCACUCAACGGACGGCAGAAUAAGCCUCAGGCCACCAAUGGGAACGCCGCGUUCGCGUUCGCCCCGCCCCAAAGGAAGAAGAGUCCACCUUGCGACCGUAUCCGCUAGCGCGGCCUGGGAUGUGCUUGGGCUCCCUGUUCGUUACCACAUGCAGGGCAGCACAAGGAGAAUGGGCGUCAUGACUGAUGUCCACCGGCGCUUCCUCCAGUUGCUGAUGACCCAUGGCGUGCUAGAGGAAUGGGACGUGAAGCGCUUGCAGAGGCACUGCUACAAAGUCCAUGACCGCAAUGCCACCGUAGAUAAGUUGGAGGACUUCAUCAACAACAUUAACAGUGUCUUGGAGUCCUUGUAUAUUGAGAUAAAGAGAGGAGUCACGGAAGAUGAUGGGAGACCCAUUUAUGCGUUGGUGAAUCUUGCUACAACUUCAAUUUCCAAAAUGGCUACGGAUUUUGCAGAGAAUGAACUGGAUUUGUUUAGAAAGGCUCUGGAACUGAUUAUUGACUCAGAAACCGGCUUUGCGUCUUCCACAAACAUUUUGAACCUGGUUGAUCAACUUAAAGGCAAGAAGAUGAGGAAGAAGGAAGCAGAGCAGGUGCUGCAGAAGUAUGUCCAAAACAAGUGGCUGAUUGAGAAGGAAGGGGAGUUCACCCUGCACGGCCGGGCCAUCCUGGAGAUGGAGCAAUACAUCCGGGAGACAUACCCCGACGCGGUGAAGAUCUGCAAUAUCUGUCACAGCCUCCUCAUCCAGGGUCAAAGCUGCGAAACCUGUGGGAUCAGGAUGCACUUACCCUGCGUGGCCAAGUACUUCCAGUCAAAUGCUGAACCGCGCUGCCCCCACUGCAACGACUACUGGCCCCACGAGAUCCCAAAAGUCUUCGACCCUGAGAAGGAGAGGGAGUCUGGUGUCUUGAAAUCGAACAAAAAGGCCCUGCGGUCCAGGCAGCAUUAGCCAUCGUGCCCUGCUGAGGGGCUGGCUGCCUUGAGUGGCCUGAUCGCCACAGCCCUUCUUGGAAGAAAGGCGUCCGUGUUUCAGGUUCCACGCGAGUCACCUCUUUCGUCUUAAUGUUCACUGUCCACAGCUUUGGAAUAAACCAUCCUGGGAAGUUGCUGCA